UUGUGCUCGCGCUAUUUCAUUCAGUCUCUCCAGUGGGGGAGGGGUGAGACUCUCUUUCUCUCUACACCUCUCUCUCUCUGUCCUUCUCUAAUAAGCUCUGAAGACUCUAAACAAUAUAUUUAUAAAUAUAUUUCAUCUCACUGUUCCCUCCACCUUCCAACUAUUGGUCCUUUUCUGUCGGUGGUCAGUGCAGGUCAAAGAAACGAGUGUAACCAUCGAACAGACCGCUGUCACCCGCACCCACCAGAAGUUCAUACACACAUGCUUAUAUAUACUCACUCACUCACUCACAUAUUCACACGUAAUGCUGCCGCCGUAAACAUGUAAAGUACCCCGUGUACCGAGAUCGAUGUCCACGCACCUCAACACAUCACCGCCUUUCAUUUAUAAUAGGAGCCGUUGUGGCCUUCAACUAAUUGCUGUCGAUAAAUAAUGUCACUCUUUGCUUUGCUGUCAUACCGAUGUUCGACCUACCCGGGAUUACCACUACAGUUUUAGUAUGGCCGUCUCAACGUCUACCAAUGGAGACCAUUGACUCUGUAAAUCUUCUCUCUACACUCGUGUUUCCUUGCAGUACUGUUGUCCAUUGUUCGCAGACAACAGUACAUCUUUCUCUCAGCUCUCUGCCAUCUCUUUGCUGGCAUAUUGACAAACAUAACUUAUGAAAAAAUAAAGAAAAAAAAAAUUAAUAAAAAAAAACAACAACACAAAAAAAACUGACAUGGUUGUGAAGAGGAAACAUUUUCUGCCAUGGUUAUAAAGAUGAGAGCUGCCCCGGGGCGAUCUUCUAUUUCAAUGAGAUUUCGUCCCCGGCGGAUGCUGCGUGUUCUACUGUUUGUCAUCAUCAUUCUCUUUGUGAUUGUUAACAUGCAUGUACUUAAUAACGUACAGCCUGGGAGCCCUGGAAUGCUCGAUGGUAGCAUGAUUGGACCAGGGAUGAAUUUACAGAAUGGACAUGUCCAAGCUUGGAGCCAUUUACAUUUCAGCAAUGGAUCCGUAUAUUGGUCAAGUCGAACCGGGUUGCUAAUCCCACCAAUGUCAUUAAACGCUACACUGCUAACCAAUAUGACUUUUGACGUGAGUAAUUUGACUCUAGCCAAGGCAGUCAUUCAGAACAUAAAUCGUGAGCAAUAUAUUCACAAUUUGGACAAAUUUGGACUUCAUUUACAUGCUGAUAGUGUUGUAAUAGUUAUACAAGCUCACGACAGAGCUGAGUACCUGAAAAUGCUUUUGGAUUCUUUACGCAAUGUUCGGAAUAUUCACCAAGCCUUACUCAUCAUUAGCCAUGAUAUUUACUCUAAGGAACUUAACAACCUUGUCCUCACAAUAGACUUUUGCCCUGUUAUCCAGAUUUUCUUUCCUCAUUCAUUACAAUUAAACCCAUCGCAAUUCCCUGGUGAACACCCUAAUGACUGCCCAAGGAAUGUCAAAAAAGCUGAAGCAAUAAAAUUAGAUUGUAAUAAUGCAGCCAGUCCUGACCGAUAUGGACAUUAUAGAGAAGCAAAAUAUUGCCAAACUAAGCACCAUUGGCUUUGGAAAUUAUCUUUUGUAUUUGAGGAAAUCCGAGUGAUGAAGAACUACGAAGGAAUAGUAUUACUUCUAGAAGAGGAUUAUUAUGUAUCAGAAGACACAAUCACCGUGUUACAGAUGUUACAAAACCUCAGGAAAAAAGACUGCAAAGAUUGUAGGAUACUUACAUUAGGAAAUUACGAUAAAACCCAAAACUAUGCACUGAAUGCCGGCAAGGUGGAAAUUGCUCGUUGGGUUUCAUCUAAGCACAACAUGGGCAUGGCAUUUAUUCGCCAGAUGUGGUUAGAUAUUAAAAAAUGUGGACUCGAAUUCUGCAACUUCGAUGAUUACAAUUGGGAUUGGACUUUGCAGCAUUUAAGUAUGAAGUGUAUCCCAGGUACUGUGAAGGUAAUGAAAAUGAAGGCCACUCGUGUAUUUCAUAUGGGAACAUGUGGUGUCCAUCACAAAGGAAAGGUUUGUAGCCCAGAAGCAAAAAAGAAAGCAGUUGAGAAACUUUUGCUUGAUAAUAAACAAAACUUCUUCCCAAACGUUAUCACAAUGGCCGGCGUUUCCGGUUUACGUCUACGUGAUCCGAAACCAAACGGAGGCUGGGGAGACUACAGGGACAGACAACUGUGUUACAGUUUCAUCCAUAGAAACACUUCAGAAUUGAGUUUUAUUAAGAACCCUAAUAUCACAAGGUCUUAACGCUUCUCGGUUUUUGACAUAGAUUAAACAAAUUUCUUUUUUUUUUUUCUUUUGUUUCAAAAUCUUGAUAACAUUGAUCAAGCAAUUCAAUAAAUAACAUUUACUGUCUUGUCAUAAAUUGAAGAAGAAGAAGAUGGAUGGAACCAAAUCAUUUUGAUUCUACAAAAACGAAGGAAAAAUGAAAGAAACGACAAGACGUACAGCGUGAAAUGUGAUCUCAUCUAACUGGCUCCAUUUAACAGUUAUGGUUGGUGCUAUACAGUCGACACAACCAUUUCCCUACAAUUACAGAUACAGUAGAGACAAACAGACAGAGAGAAGGUGGUGUAGUCGUCUGAGAUGUCUCUCCCUUACUAAAAAAACUGAAUUAACAGGUUUAGUUUCCACUGCUGAACUAAAACGACCUGCUGGAAACUGGAGUGUUAAGAUCCUGUGAUGUAAUGUUAAAAAGAGAAAAGGAAACAAAAAACACAACAAAAAAACAACUGUUGCCUGGCUGUUUUAUCUUUUUUUUUUCCUACUUCCAAUGUUCUAUUGUUUGCCAAUAGAUCUAACUGCUCAUCAUCUCAACUGGUGAAGUCUCAUUCUUCUCUACUACUGCUCCGUUCUACCAAACAUCCGCACAUCAUUGUUAAUCUGCCUUCUUACUCUGUGAUUAUUAUUAUUAUUAUUAUUAUUAAUUAUGGUGGUGGCGAACUGGCAGAAUCGUUAGCACGCCAGGCAAAAUGCUUAGCAGUAUUUUGUCUGUUGCUUCGUUCUGAGUUCAAAUUCCACCGAGAUCAAUAAAUUAAGUACCAGUGAAACACUGGGGGGUCAAUUUAAUCAAGUAGUCCCCUCCUCCAAAAUUUCAGGCCUUAUGCCUAUAGUAGAAAGGAUUAUUAUUACUAUUAUUAUUAUUAUUAUUAUUAUUAUUAAGGUGAUGAGCUGGCAGAGCCAUUAGCAUGCCAGGUGAAAUGCUUGGUGGUAUUUCAUCUGUCUCUACAUUCUGGGUUCAGAUUCUGCCAUGGUCGACUUUGCCUUUCAGGGUCGAUUAAAUAAGUAUCAGUUAUGCACUGCAGUCAAUGUACCCCCUCCCCCAUUAUUAAUUAUUAAGAUGGCAACCUGGCAGAAUCGUUAACGUGCCGCGUAAAAUGCUUAAUGGUAUUUCGUCCAGAGCUCAAAUUCUGCCAAACUUGAGUUUGCCUUUCAUCUCUUUCAGGGUCGGUAAAAUAAGUAUCAGUCAAGCCCUGGGGGUCAAUGUAAUUGACAAGCCCUCUCCCCUCAAAAACCUCAGGCCCUGUGCCUUCAGCAGAAAUGAUUAUUAUUAUUAUUAUUAUUAUUAUUAUUAUUAUUAUUAUGCUUAACGGUAUUUCGUCUGUCUGCACAUUCUGAGUUCAAAUUCCACCGAGGUCGAUUUUGCCUUUCAUCCUUUCAGGGUCGAUGAAAUAAGUACCAGUUAUGCAUUUGGAGCCAAUGUAAUCGACUUAUUCCUUCCCCACAAAAUUUCAGGCCUUGUACCUUCAGUAGAAAGGUUUAUUAUUAUUAUUAUUAUUAUUAAUCAAUAAUAACCACAGUGGUUUGGCAGAAAUCAGAUGGCGGAAACUGGAAUAAAUGCCUUGCAGUAUUUUCUU